UUUUUCUUUAAAAAAAACACCACAAUUUGGAUAUAUCUAUACAUGUGUGUGUGUACAAAACAUCUCCAAUUCUACACAAAAUGUGAAGAAUCCGCAUAUAGCUAAUUGCAUUGUUUGGUGACGAAUUACCCACGUCAGAUUUUUUUUAAAGACCCACGUGUACACCAGAACGAUCAUUUAAUAUGAAGUAGAUUUAACAGAUAUAUUUAAUUACUCACUAUUCAUUUAAAACCUUCACAAUGAAUAGCAAGAAGGGCUCGCUCCUUAAAUACGCCAGUAAUAAAGGACAAGUGUCAAAUGCUCAUUCGUGUAAAUUUGGCGGUAUUUUGUAUAUUUCUGUAUACACGCAACCACAGUAAAACAAAACAAUCAUAGAGUGUGAUACUUACGAAUGACUUAAAGUCUUUAAUUAGAUAUGCUAAAAAAUACCAAAUGGGAAAUACCAUUGCUAAUCGAAAGUAGAAGACCCGCACGUAAGAUGCGAGUGAUUGUAUUCUUCAUAGUCAUUCCAAUUAUCAAAGCAUUUAAGCCCGAGAGCUUCUUGCUCCUCGCGGACAGCGAUGAAGGUGCUAUCUAUAAACUAAAUCUAACAACACUAAGACGCGAGCCUUUGUAUCGACUCACCGUUUUCCGACCAAUAGCAGUCGGAUUUGAUUACCUUACUAAUGGUGUAUACUGGACAGACGUGAAGUUGAAAGCGAUCAGAGUAGGGGAUCUUCACGGAAACUAUGCCAAGACUGUCCGGACACUAGAAAGAGGUUCGGUCACGGAUGGCUUAACUAUAGAUUCACUGUCGAGAUUGAUAUUCUAUACUGAUACAACGUAUAAAGGGAUAUUUCUGCUUACGAUAGAUGGGUUGUACAGGAAAACCAUUAUUUACAAGUCUCUCGAUCAACCUAGAGCAAUAAUUUCUGACUCCAAUACAGGCACGAUCUACUGGACAGACUGGGGAGCAACUCCUAAAAUAGAAACAUCCAAUUAUGACGGCUCAGAGCGGAGGGACGUCAUUACUACCGACCUAGUUUGGCCGAACGGACUAGCGAUUGACUUCAAGGCUGCAAUACUAUAUUGGUGUGAUGGGAAAACUGGACGAAUUGAAAAGUCCAAGUUAGAUGGUACAAAUAGGAUGGUGGUGAGUGACCAGUCACGGAGUGGUGCACGGUUCUUCGGUCUCGCUCUUCACGAGACUACGCUAUACUACACGGACUGGGCUAAAAGAUAUCUCAUGAAAAUGUCUACAAGUGGAGGUUCCCUUGCUGUCGUAGAGUCCAAAACCUUUGAGAAGUUGAGUGGUGUAUAUCUGUAUGACGGUGAUUGGUAUAGUGAAGAGACAAAUGCCUGUGCAAUAAGUAAAGGUGGAUGUUCCCAUUUUUGUUUUCCUCGUCCAAAGUAUUCCCGAAAGUGCGCAUGUCCAGACAACAUGUUCUUGACGUUUGAUAUGAAGAAUUGUAACUACCGUGAGCCAUUAAGAAUUCUGAUGUUAGGAAAAUCUGGAGUUGGCAAAAGUACCACUGGUAAUGCUAUUGUUGGCAAGGAAGUAUUUGAGACUUCUCCCGCAUCGACGGAGUUUUCUCUGACAUCGAAAACGUCAUUCUUUGAGGGUAUAAGUCUUGCUGGACAAUUUGUGCGUGUCGUUGAUACUCCCGGGCUUUUUGGUACCCUCAAAGUGGAUCCUCUCGUCCUCGAGAUAUACAAAGCAAUCCGAAUAAGUUUUCCAGGACCACAUAUCAUACUAUUUGUAACACGCGUUGGUAGUUUCACACUGAAAGAUACGUCAUCUCUUGCAACCUACAAGAGAAUCUUUGGCACCGAUAUUGAAAAGUACUUAAUAGUAGUUUUUACAGGAAAAGAAAUACUGAUGGAAAAUGGGAUCAACAUUCACGAUUAUGUUCAAUCCCUAAGCUCAGACUCAGAACUUAAACAACUUCUGCACCGCUGUAACAAUAGAUACGUGGCAUUUUCUGAUACAGGGGAUGUGUUUGAUCAAAGGAAAAAUGUUGACAAAUUGUUAGAUAUAGCGGGUAGAUUGAUGUUACAGAGGCUGGCUAAUCCUUACUUUACUAAUGAUAUUUACGAGGCAAUAGUGAAACUAUUCCUUGAUACUCAAGAAGAUGAUGAAAGUGAAAUCGAAGAUCAUGAAAAACUGAAAUAUACAGACACGUAGCCAAUAGAAAAAAGACAUAGUAUUUAAAUAGUUUUGAUGUAAUAUAUUUUUCAUUUUCUUGAUUUCUUUUCCUUUUUCGACAAUGACUGAAGACCAUAAAUAAACCAUUCAUAAUUUCCACUUUGUCAUAUUGGAAUAACAAAAUAAUAAAUAGAUUUUAGCUCCCUCAAA